UAACGCGUUAAAUGAGUCAUGAGCCACGACAAAAAAUUCAGACAGUUGCAACUUGGAACUUAUACGGUGAAAGACUUUAUAAGCGCUUGCGUCCCACGGAGGAGUAUUAUUAAGCAAGAUUACGAGACCGUUUGAGUCAGAUCUCGGUAUUUAAGGGCGAACGACACGGGUCACAGGUCGACUCAGAAUAAAUCAAGAUAUUAGACAAGUGAAACAUUUGGAUUUAAACCACGAGAACGAGAUGGAGUUAACGAAGACAUUUCUCUGCUUUUUGGGGAUGCUGUGUGCGCUGACAGCCACAGGCGGAGCGGAGGAGCAGAACCACUUCCCUGCAGCCUCUGAUCUCACCUGGGUCUCCUUCAACUUCAAGACGGUCCUGCAGUGGGGCCCACCGCCCUCCAACUUCUCCUACACGGUGGAGUUCUCUCAGCUGGGAGAUAACAGGAAGAGGAACCCUCACUGCAUCAGGACCUCUGACACAGAGUGUGACCUCACCAACGACCUCCGACUCCUGAGGGCCACCUACUCAGCUGCUGUCCUAUCAGAGCCCUUACCUGGCAUGACCUCUGACCUGGUGGAGUUCCCCUUUACCCGUGCUCCGCAGUUCAGCCCCUACACAGACACCAUGAUAGGCCGUCCAGAGUUCCGUGUGGAGUGGGGGGAGGACAGGACGCGGGUGAGGCUGCUGGUCAGCGACCCCCCCACCCCCCUGUUCAGGGAGGGCGUGUUACUGAGCAUCAGAGACGUGUUCCUGAAGGACCUGCACUACCGGGUCAGAUACAGCAAGGCUGGCAGCACUGGCCAGAAGGAGCAGACCUCCAGGCAGAGCGAGGUGGAGGUGGAGGGUCUGGACCGAGGGCAGAGCUACUGCUUCAGCGUAGCGGCCUACCUGCCCUCCAGACCAGCAGAGCGCAGGCUGGGUCAGUGGAGCAGACCUCAGUGCUCUGGGGGAGAGAGGAGCAUCUUCCAGGAGUUCAGCACAGGGGUGAUGGUGGGAGCCAUCUUCAUCCUCCUCACCCUCCUCAUCCUCACCCUCCUCCUGGUGAGGCUCUGCUGCCGCUGCUGCUGUCGCCACGGAGACAAGACCAGCAGCAAGGAGGACCUGGCCAUGACACACGUCUAGAGCAGAGAGAGAGGGUGUGUGUGUGUGUGUGUGUGAGAGAGAGAUAGAGGGUGUGUGUGUGUGUGUGUGAGAGAGAGAGAGAGAUAGAGGGUGUGUGUGUGUGUGUGCGUGUGAGUGCUGGAAUGCUGGUGUGUGUGGCACUGUGUGGGAGUGUGUGUCAGUGUGUGUGUUGAGAGUAAUGGAGAAUUUCAAAUAAUGUUUGUGUAUUCAGUGUACGUGUGUGUGUGCAUUCGGUGUAUGUGGUGUGUGUGGUACCAAGUUACACCUUAACUGGAUUCACCUUCCCAAGUGGAGGAAACCAUGUUCCUCUGUUUAGGUUUUGCUCAAACGUGUUUGACACUGGAUUCUGGUUUCUGUGAAGCCCACUGACUUUACAUGUCCUCUGAUCCAAGAUGGCUGACGUCAUCAGAUCCAAGAUGGCGGAUGUCUUGGAUCAGUUAUAGUCUCUGUGUGUGUGUGUGUUACAGUCACAGUGUUGUCUGUCUGAAGGAAGCUCAUUAUCAGCUGGUCUCAUAGUGAGAAAUCUAAUAGACAUUUUUUUUAAGAAUAUUAUUUUAUACAAUUGAAUGUUUACAAUGUUUUACUUUUCAUGUGCAGUAAUAAGAAGAUACACUUUUGAUGUUGAUUUUAUACUUUUAAAUGAUAUUUAUUUCCUUUUUGUCAUUAUAUAUUUAUUUAAUUAGGAUAAUGCACAAGUGUGUCUGCUUGUUUGAAGUUCAUUUGUACAGUAUAAUGUGCAGCUGGUGCCCUUUAACACAGCUCUGGAAACAAACCUAAAAAGAGGUUAUGAAUGGCUCCCUAUUAAUCCCUGAGGCAUUACUAAACUGUUACACUUCAAUAAUAAAAUAUUCAGAAAAAACA